AUGGACGAUGAUUCGGAUUGUUCCAGCCUAAGUUCAGCGCCAGCAUCACCGCUGGCACCGCCAGGGUUCUAUCCGUCGCCGCCUCCGUCGCAGGACGCGGAUGAGCCCUGCGCCGCCCGGAGCCAAGACGACUUGCCGCCCGCCAGGAAGAAGCGUCGGGUCGCCGCCCCAAAGGAACGCCGAACCCAGCAUCUCGACCUCUCGGCCUCCGCCGGUCACUCCUACGCCCAACAGCAAUCGCAAAUCGAUUAUCUCGUCAAGACCCUUACCCGCCAUCGCAAAAUUGUCGUCAUCGCCGGUGCGGGUAUCUCCACCUCCGCAGGAAUUCCCGAUUUCCGCUCCACCGAUGGUCUCUUCAAAACUUUGCAGAAGAAGCACAACCUGAAAGCAUCGGGCAAGUUGCUGUUCGAUGCCGCCGUCUACCAAGAUGAGACGUUGACCGCCUCCUUCCAAGAUAUGGUACGGUCGCUGUCCGAGGAGGCAGCCAAGACCUCUCCCACAGCUUUCCACCACAUGCUGGCUCGCCUUGGCCAGGAGAACCGCCUCACCCGACUCUACACCCAGAAUAUCGAUGGCAUUGAGACCUCCAUGCCGCCGUUGGCUACGCAGAUACCCUUGAACGUCAAAGCGCCCUGGCCACGUACCAUUCAACUGCAUGGAAGUCUCGACAAGAUGGUCUGCCAAAAGUGUCGUCAUCUGAGUGACUUUGAUCGGGCCCUGUUUGAUCGUCCUGAUGCCCCGGAAUGUCCAGAAUGCUCGCGGAACAAUCAAUUUCGCAUCGAGACCGGUCAGCGUAGCCACGGCAUCGGGAAGAUGAGGCCGCGGAUCGUCCUCUACAACGAACACAACCCCGACGAGGAGGCCAUCACGUCCGUCAUGAAUGCGGACAUCCGCUCCCGACCGGAUGCCUUGAUCGUGGUCGGCACGAGCUUGAAGAUUCCCGGUGUGCGUCGUCUGGUGAAGAGCCUCUGCUCCGUCAUCCGCAGCCGUCGCAACGGCGUGACCAUGUGGAUCAACAACGAGUACCCCGUCGGCAAAGAAUUCGAAGACUGCUGGGAUUUGAUGGUCAAGGGCGAUUGUGAAGAGGUUGCGCGACUGGCCAAUCUGAAGCGGUGGGAUGCGAAGGACGACGUGUUCGACGAGUGCAAUUCUUCGGAGGUGGAGCGGGUGAAGAGAGAGCAAGGCGAGGUGUCGGUGGUGGUCACGCCCACCAAGAAGCGACCCACCCCGACCGGAUUCCUUACUCCUUCUUCCAGCUAUGAUGAAGCCCUGCCCUUGCCGAAGAGAAGCUGUUCCAACCCGGCCAGUCGCGGACGGAGCCUUCAAGACGUUCUUCAGGCUUCCAAAACGGCCCGUCCCAAGAAGGCAGCUCCGAAGAAGAGUGCGCCGAGAGGGCGGGCCAAGAAGGCCGAACCUGCGAAGAAUACCAAGAUUAACAGCUUUGGACGAGUCACCAAGGCCCAGAAAGCAGCCGCAAGUGACAAAUCCUCCAAGCUGGACAAGGAUGAUACGAAACCCAUGCAUCCGCUGGCUCCGGGCGCAGCUCGCAACAACGGGCCGAAUGUGAUUCCCAACGCGACGGGCAAGGGAUCCACGCCUCCUCGAGUCGGCCACUGGGGACGGGAUGAUACGAUUUCGCCGGGCUCGAUUCCACGAGGGAUGAACCGCUUGCUGAAUGAGCCGACCGCAUGA